CAGAAGGCCGUUUAUUAGACAUGUGAUGGACUUUAUGGGAGCCGUCUGAGAUUCAGCCAGAGUUUUGAUCAGGUCAUCAGAGGCUCAGCAUGUUGUUGUGGAUGAAUCGGCUGUAUUGUAGACUGACCCGUCUGCAGGGGCUGCGUUUCCCGUGCAGCGUGAGCACCCAUGUUGCGUCUUGUCAGUCGGGCUGAGUUUUCGUACAGUGUGAGUUUAUAAAUCUCAGGCUUUGGCCGCACACGAGGGGAUUUCUAUCAUCGUACGGUGCAUGUCUGCCUUAAAAGACUGUAAAGUCCAAGAGGUGGUGAAGAAGAGGUGUUGGGUACAUUCCCUCAUUUUGGAUAGGGCGAUCAUUUCCCUGGAAGAAAUAUUAAUAUUAAUGCUGAAGUGGGCUAACAGGGGUCUGCUCUGUCACACAAGACUAAAAUGAUCUAGUACAAGCUUCAUAUGGUGACCGAUGUCUUUUUUGUAUCUGGAGAGGUUGGAGAGGUUGUGGACACUUGGAGAUGCCUGAAUAAGGCAGGUUCACAUGCUUUGAUGAGGAACUGAUAACACAUUAUAAUAACAUUAUAAAAGAGCUUAAUAAUCAGCAACUAAAUCUUCAUCUAACAGGUUGUGAUUGUAAUGAAAGUUCCGUUUGUGUUGAUAAUUGGUAAUAUUUGGAUUAUUGAUUCUUUGCUUUGUAAACAAUGUACUCAGUCACUUAGUUACAAAUCAUUUAUAACUAUUGUGAACGGUAGAAACUGAGUCACUACUUAUAGUUUGUAAAGAAUGAUUUAGUUCUUUGAAAUUUACUUGAAAUAUUAAGCUUUUGCUAAAUUUUUAUUUACCUGGAGACUAAAAAUAACAAAUUAUCAAGUCAUUGUCAGUUUAUGACACAUUUAAUUAGAAAGCUGUAGAAGAGGCCUGAACAUACAGCAUUAAAUGUCUUUAGAACUAGAAUCAGAAGUAAAACUGGCCCAUCUAAACACUUCUGUCCACUAACAGCCUCUUUCUUUACUUCUGCCUUCAUUAUUGUAAACACGUCUGAUUCUUCGUUCCUUUGGUUCUUGUUGUGUUAUUGUGUUGCUACACGGUGUCGACCAGAGGAGGAUGGUUUCUUGGUUUCCCUCAAGGUUUCUUCUUCUUGCUCUUAGGGACGUUUUCUUCACUGUCGUCAUGGUGACGCUCUUUUGGAACUUGGACCCAGAUUUGCUGUAAAGCUGUUUUAUGACAGCACUUGUGAAAAACAUUACAUAGAUCAAUAUGAAUUGAAGUUUCUGCCUUUAUAAAAACAAUAACAGUUGAGCAUUUUGUUGUUAUCUGUAACACAUUUUCUCUGGAAAACACAGUUUAACGCUGUUCUUUACCAGAAUAAAAGUGUUCAACUCAAAGUAAAGUUUAUUUUUGGGAGAAGAAGCUUUUAUGUUCUGUUCACUAAUAACUGCACUGAGCUCUGUGUUGGAGUAUCUUUAGACAUUGAUCUUUAGCUCUAAAGUACACCUUUAGAGUUCUGCCCAAUCAAAUCCUUCCUCAUGUAGCCCCUCCCACUCUGCUGCUCCCUCAUUCCAGAGGGAGCGAAACUGAUCUCAGAGAGCUGCUCUGCCUCAGACUGUGAGAGGAGGAGGAAGAUGGCCGAGGCCAGUAUUUCAGUAGUUCAGGACCAGUUCAGCUGUCCAGUCUGUCUGGAUCUGCUGAAGGAUCCAGUGGCGACUCCCUGUGGACACAGUUUCUGUAUGGUGUGUAUUAAUGGCUGCUGGGAUCAGGAGGAUCAGAGGGGGGUCUACAGCUGCCCCCAGUGCAGAGAGACCUUCACUCCAAGGCCUGUUCUACGCAGAAAUAAUGUUAUAGCUGAAGUGGUGGAGAAACUGAAGAAGACAAAACUCCAAGCUGGUUCUCCUGCUCUCUGUUACGCUGGACCUGGAGAUGUGGAGUGUGAUUCCUGCACUGGGAGAAAACACAAAGCUAUCAAGUCGUGUUUGUUGUGUCUGGCUUCUUACUGUGAAGCUCAUCUUAAACCUCACUAUCAGUCUCCUGCCUUUAAGAAGCACAAGCUGGUCGAAGCCUCCAAACAGCUACAAGAGAAGAUCUGCCCUCAACAUGAUAAACUGAUCGAGAUCUACUGUCGUACUGACCAGCAGAUGGUCUGUUAUUUGUGUACGAUGGAUGAACACAUGGGACACAGUACAGUAGCAGCUUCAGCAGAAAGAAAAGAGAAACAGAAUGAGCUGAAGAAGGUGCAGAGGAAAUUCCAGCAGAGACUCCAGGAGAAGGAGAAGAAGCUGCAGGAGGUGAAACAGGCUGUGAAGACUCUUAAGAGCUCUGCACAGGCAGCAGUGGAGGACAGUGAGAGGAUCUUUACUGAGCUGAUCCGCUCCAUUGAGAAAAAGCGCUCUGAGGUAACAAAGCUGAUCAGAGCUCAGGAGAAGGCUGAACUGAUUGGAGCUGAAAAACCUCUGAAGCAACUGGAGCAGGAGAUUGCUGAUCUAAAGAGGAGAGACACUGAGCUGGAGCAGCUUUCACACACAGAGGAUCACAUCCAGUUCCUCCAGAGCUUCCAGUCUCUCUGUGUCUCUUCUGGAUCUGAGGACUCCUCCAGCAUCACUGUCCAUCAACAUCUCUCAUUUGGUGGACUGAGGAAAUCUCUCUCUGAUCUGAAAGAGAGACUAGAGGAAUUCUGCAAGCAGGAAUUCAGGAAAAUCUCUCUGUACAGUGAAAGGAGCUCUGCUGAUGAAGACCAUGAGAGUGAAUCUUUACCUGCACAGAGUCUUUACAGGCGCAGAGACAGUAUGGAUUUCCGUCGUCUGACUCUGGAUCCCAACACAGUGAAUCAGUACCUCAGACUGUCUGAGGAGAACAGAGUGGUGACAUAUAUUCGGACAUUGCAGUGUUACUCUGAUCAUCCAGAGAGAUUUGACUACUGGCGGCAGGUGUUGAGUAAGGAGAGUGUGAGUGGACGCUGUUACUGGGAGGUUGAGUGGAGUGGUAAGGUAUAUGUGCUGUACAUCUCAGUCUCAUAUAAAGGGAUUUGCAGGAAAGGACGACGUAAUGAGAGCAAGUUUGGACACAACAGUCAGUCCUGGAGUUUGUGUUGUUAUCCUUCCUCUCUCUCUUUCUAUCACAACAACAUUCAGACUGAGAUCUCAGCCUCAUCCUCCUCCAGAAUAGGAGUGUAUGUGGAUCACAGUGCAGGAACUCUGUCCUUCUACAGCGUCUCUGACACACUGACCCUCCUACACACAGUCCACACCACAUUCACUCAGCCGCUCUAUGCUGGAUUCUGGGUGUGUCCUGGAACUGUAAGGCUGUGUGAUCCACAAUGAUGUGUAUUUUGUACACCAUGGUUACUUCAUUGGAAGAGUGGGGUUGAUUAUUCAAUUACACUUUGAAGGAAAGACCUGAAGGAAAUAAAGAAGAUUUCUGUGUUUACACAUUUUUAAA